GAAGAGCUUAAAGCAAGAACAAUCAUACCAUCGGGUUGAUGUAAAAAAAAGUAUUUUAUUAUUACGCUUUCGCCUCUUCUUUCAUAAUAAUAUAAGAUAAUGGACUAUAAAUAAGCCUUAGUGCGCAUUUAAUGCCCACUAGUGCAAGAGGCCGGAUUUGUUAUAAAAUAUAUAUUUAAAUAUAAGUUGGAACUAUGGAUAUAUAAACUUGCGAAUAUAUGCACCUAUAGUAUGCACGUACUUUUGCCAUUCGGUGUGAGCUAUUCUAUGAAUGCAGGUAUGUUUGUGUGUAUAUAUACGUAUGCAUAUGCGGCAAGUUCGGUGAGUUCAUCGGAUUAAACGUAGGAAUCGAAAUCCGCUAGCCCUAUCAUACGCGUAUUGUACUCUCAUCUUCAUCUUGACUUGCGCGUCUCACGCCGCGUCGUAUAAUCGCGAUACAUUCCUGUACAUACAAGAUAGUAAUAGCUACGGAAGGUGACAGGGAGUGAAGGAGAAAGAGGAGAGAGUAAAGGACAGAGAAGGAGAGAGAGAGAGAGAGAAAAGAGAACGGCUGGCCAUCUUGGAAAAGAGAUAUGUCGCUUUGGGAUAAACGUCAACAGCGGUAUAGUGUUUACCGCAUGGUGCAUACGUUUGCCAGCUCGUUGUAAAAACCGAUUGACACGACUAUCGACGACGACGACGGCGGCGGCGAGAAUCGCGUCGUCGCACACGUAGCGCACGGACGACGCGGUGGUGCAUCCGUACUGUCCGCCACGCGGACGUACUCCCGAGGUGGUAUCGUGACAAGUUGUCCGUCGUAUUAGCUGCGUCGCACGAUGAAUCGCGGUGACGGUCUGGUGCAGCGACGGCGCGUGGUCAACAGUGGCAACGGCGGCGGCGGCGGUGCCUGCGGACUCGGUCAAGACGGUUCGUGCACGGAUCUCGGCACCGGUCACGGCAAUGACAAACUGUCUGGCCAAAACUGUGCGGACGGGGACUGCUCGUCCUCGCAAAAGGACCUCAAUUGCAACCCUACCAUCGACGAGGACGACGACAAGGAGACACGCUUGACGCUCAUGGAGGAGGUUCUACUGCUUGGUCUAAAGGAUAAGGAGGGCUAUACAUCUUUCUGGAACGAUUGUAUAAGUUCUGGAUUAAGAGGAUGUAUCUUAGCGGAACUUGGUUUUCGGGGUAGAGUGGAACUAGAGAAAGCAGGUAUGCGUAAGAAAAGUUUGUUGGCAAGAAAGCUUCUCUUGAAAAACGAUGCGCCUACAGGAGAUGUAUUGUUGGAUGAAGCUUUGAAACACUUAAAAGAUACGGAUCCGCCCGAAACAGUGCCCAGUUGGAUANAUGUAAUUGCAGGAGAAACAUGGAAUCCCUUAAAAUUAAGAUACCAACUGAAAAAUGUCAGAGAACGUCUAGCAAAAAAUCUUGUUGAAAAAGGCGUCCUAACAACAGAGAAACAGAAUUUCUUAUUGUUUGAUAUGACAACUCAUCCUCUUACUGAUAAUCUUGCCAAAAGUCGUCUUGUGAAAAAGAUUCAAGAAGCUGUGUUAGGCCGUUGGGUGAACGACGCUGGUCGCAUGGACAGACGGACGUUAGCGCUAGUUAUUUUAGCUCACGCAGCUGAUGUAUUGGAAAAUGCAUUUGCGCCGUUAUCGGACGAUGAUUACGAAGUGGCUAUGAGAAGAGUACGGACAUUAUUGGACCUUGAUUUCGAAGCAGAAGCCACUAAACGUAACGCGAAUCCGGUACUUUGGGCUGUGUUCGCCGCAUUCACCAAGUAACAUUCAUUUCAUAAGUUAUACAGAUACGGAAUAAGUGUCGGUUAACUAGUGUGAAUAAUGAGAAAUCACGAAUUUUGCAUGUCCUUUAGUUGCUACAGUAUGAAUAGAUACGAUAUGUAUUUGACUUUGCGGUACUUCUGUAUCGCUUAAUCAUUGUUAUAAAGGAGGAUUUAUGCAGACCAAAUAAUCUGUAUUCAACCGCCAUAGGGAAUUUCUUAGGAAAUUACUUGUCUCCAUUAUUGUUAUUUAAUACAUUUGAUAGCCAAAUAUAUGAAACGAUCGUUCAUAUUUAAAUAUCAUGAAUUAUUAUGAACCAACAAGUCUGGAAAUAUGAAUGUAUGUUUUGUGUGCUGAGUAACCAUUAUUUCAUAUUCGAGAAAAAGAUCAACUCCAUCAUGCUGAAUUUUGUCCUAAUACUUACUUUUUGCUUGGUGUUCAUUGAAUUUACAAAUGGAUACUGUGCGGGGUGCCUCAAAAUGGAUGCUGGAUGAUAUUGUUGUUAAAGGAAUUUGGAAUAUAUGUUCUUAUAUAUAUAUAUAGCCAUAAUCUAAAUAUAUCACAUAGAAUAUGUAUAUACAUAUAUAUAUAUUCCUUUAAAUAUUAAUUUUUAAUAUAUAAUGUACACAUGCCUCUUUAUGUUUUAUGUGUAUCCAUUUGGAUCGUCUUGAUUAAAUUGUUUUUUAAGUUUUAAGUUUAAUUAGUGUCAAUACAUUAACUAUUAAUUAUAUCUUUAAAGGAAAUUUAGAUUUAAUUUUAGAACUAUCAAUUACUUCACUCACUUAUGCGGAUUAAAUGCUAAUAGAUCAAGUUUUGCACAUAUGGCAGACGCGACAUCGGAUAAAAUGCCACAUUCCUGGUGAUUAUUUGAACAUUAUAAAACUUUUAAGCAAUCCUUUGUACAUUAUUAUUUUAUUUUAUAUAGAUCAUAACCUUGUUUCAAUGUCUUCUGAUGUGCGGCAAAUUUGUACCAGUAGUAUUACCAUGUGACAAUGAAGUACUCGAACUUGGUUCUAUCGGUAAACUUUUAUCUGUUGUACCGCUGGUCGGAUUAAUUAAAUUAUUACAGGAUGAAAUUUUAUUAGAAGGAAAACGUAUUAUAAGAUAUUAUAUAUGUUUUGCGAUAUAUGGAAUUGUAUAGUUAGAAAGGAUCUAUAUUAUGGUUAGGCGCUAUUUAAGCUAAAUAAUUUUGUUCUCAAAUAUUUUGUUAUAUUUCUACAAGCAAUAGCGACUUUUUAAAUGGUAAAGAUAAAUGGACCACCAUGUAUAAUAUGUCGUAAAAAACUUGCUCUUUAUACGACGAUGAUAGUCUCUGUUCAAUAUAAAUCCAAAUUACUAAAUAAUUUUUUUAUCGUAUAUAUUAUGUUGUCGUUAAACUCAUUUCAAAACAGCGAUUAUAAGAAUACGAAUAAAAAUAUAAUCAUAUUUAAAGUGUAAAAUAGUUGAAAAUAAUAUAAAUUAUUGAAAAGUCAC